UCAUCAUUAAUACACUUACCGUUAAACGGUAUUAGGGAGUGUUCACAAACUCGUGAAACUUUUGAGAAAAAAUCGUGAACCGUCAGAUAGUUUGGUAGCAACAGAAACUAAUUAAAUAAUAGUUUUCCAUUUUCAUUACAAAACAUAAAAAAAAAAAGUAAAAAAGAAACAGAAUCUCCUUGUUUCUCGAGCACUCUUAAAACUCUUCCUCUCUACUUAACUUUACGCCAUCAUCCGAGAACCACAUAAACAAGAAAACCUCCACCAAAUAAUAACUAUUCUUCUCCUUUCCCGGAGAUUUUUUCUCCGAUCCUUCGUAACGCACCCAAUAUUUCUCUAAAUCUCUUCUUAGUUGAUAACUAUGCUUCCCGUCUCAAACCCUACCAGUCCCGAACGUCUCCUCAAAAAAUCAAGAACACCCGACACAACAACAACAACCACCGACACAACUGAUCACAAAACCUUUGUCGGAAACCGCUCUUCCUCCAUCUCCGCCUCUCGUAGCCACUGCACAUGGCUCAUCAUCUCCCUCCUCUCUCUCCAGCUCCUCCUCUUCCUCACUCUCCGCUCUGUCGCCUUCCCAAAAAACCGCUCACCAGAAAACUUCCCUUCCCCCGCCGUCUCCGUCUCCUCCAUCGAAUCCCUCUUCAAAGACUCUCAACCUCUCCUAACCUCCGACCUCUCCCAAACCACCCGACCCGCUGGCUCCGACCCAGAAGGCCUAUGCCAAUCGGGUCGGGUUUUCGUCUACGAAAUGCCGAAAAUCUUCAACGAGGUGAUCCUCCAAGAAUGCGACAACCUCAACCCGUGGAGCUCGCGCUGCGACGCCCUCUCGAACUCCGGCUUCGGCAAAGAAGCGACGUCCUUGCGAGGCCUGAUCCCCCACGACCUCGUCCCUUCCUGGUUCUGGACCGAUCAGUUCGUCUCCGAGAUCAUCUUCCACAACCGGAUCCUCAACCACCGUUGCCGGACCUCCGACCCGGACUCCGCCACCGCCUUCUACAUCCCCUUCUACGCCGGACUCGCCGUCGGACAGUACCUCUGGUCUAACUACGCCGCCGCUGACCGCGACCGCCACUGUAGGAUGAUGACAGAGUGGGUGAGGGAGCAGCCGUAUUGGAACAGAUCCAACGGCUGGGAUCAUUUCAUUACCAUGGGGCGCAUCACAUGGGAUUUUCGGAGGACUAGAGACCAGGAUUGGGGGUCUAACUGUAUCUACAACCCCGGGAUGCGUAACAUCACGCGCCUCUUGAUCGAGAGAAACUCGUGGGACCAUUUCGACGUCGGUGUGCCUUACCCCACAGGAUUCCACCCCCGAUCAGACUCCGACGUCGUUAAAUGGCAGAGUUUCGUACGAAAACGACGUCGUGAGACUUUAUUCUGUUUCGCUGGAGCGCCACGCGCUGGGAUCGUGAACGAUUUUCGAGGGUUGCUUCUUGAUCAGUGUAAAGGGGCGCGUGGGGCUUGCCGGACGGUGGAUUGCACGGCGGGGAGAUGCUCUAACGGCUCGUCGGCGAUCUUGGAGACGUUUCUCGGGUCGGAUUUUUGUCUCCAGCCGAGGGGGGAUAGCUUCACGCGCCGGUCGAUUUUCGAUUGCAUGUUGGCCGGUUCGAUUCCGGUUUUCUUUUGGAGGAGGACCGCUUACAUGCAGUAUCAGUGGUUUUUACCGAAGGAACCGGGGAGUUAUUCGGUUUACAUAGACCGGAACGAGGUGAAAAACGGCACGACGUCUAUUAAGGAUGUGUUGGAACGGUUUAGUAAAGAGGAGGUGAGGAGGAUGCGGGAGAGGGUGAUUGAGUUGAUACCGAAUCUGGUUUACGCGAAGUCUCCGAAUGGGUUAGAGACUUUCAAAGAUGCGUUUGAUGUGGCGUUAGAUGGGGUUUUUAGGAGGUUCAAGGAGCAAGAGAAUUGGUACAAGUGGAGAUGAGGAGAUAAAUGAUUAUUUAUUUAUUAAUAAGGUUUUUUUUUUUUGGGAAAAUUUAGCUCCAGUAAAGUUUUAUGAUUACACUGUAAAUUUAUGAUUUUUAUUGAGAGAUGAAUAAGUUGGUUAGUUGAGUUUUGUUUUUUAUACAUUUGAUGGAAUAGUCAAGGAGGUUGUGCUAUGUGUGGAGUUGUCAUUUUAUAUUAUUCUAUUUUGGAGAUAACGAGAAUGGUGCCUUUACGUGUUGGAUGUUGA